AUGGGUGUCCCCGCCCUCUUCCGAUGGCUUUCCAAAAAGUACCCGCGCAUCGUAUCCUCGGUGCAGGAGGAGGAGAACAAGACCGCUCCCGGCCCCGAUGGCACCACCAUCACCCUGCCCCUCGACACCUCCACCCCCAAUCCCAACGGCGAGGAAUUCGACUGUCUAUAUCUAGAUAUGAACGGAAUCGUACAUCCAUGUACACAUCCAGAAGGCAAGCCCGCGCCUGAGACCGAAGAGGAGAUGAUGGUCGAGGUGUUUGCCUACACAGAGCGCGUCGUCAGCAUGGUCCGUCCGCGCCGCCUCCUCAUGAUGGCCAUCGACGGCGUCGCACCACGCGCAAAGAUGAACCAGCAGCGUUCCCGUCGUUUCCGCGCCGCAAAGGAGGCGCGCGAGAAGCACGAGGAGACCCAGGCCGCCCUCGCAGAAUGGAGGGCCAAGGGCCUGACCGCCACCGAAGACGCUCCCAAAGAGUCCAAAAAGGCGUGGGAUUCCAACGCCAUCACCCCAGGCACGCCCUUCAUGGACCUCCUCGCCGCCUCGCUACGAUACUGGGUGGCGCACAAGAUCAACACCGACCCGGGCUGGAAAGACAUCCAGGUCAUCAUCUCCGACGCAAGCGUCCCUGGUGAGGGCGAGCACAAGAUCAUGGAGCACAUCCGCCGACAACGCUCCCACUCCGAGCACGACCCCAACACAAAACACGUCAUCUACGGCCUCGACGCCGAUCUCAUCAUGCUCUCCCUCGCCACACACGAACCCUACUUCAAGGUGCUGCGUGAGGACGUCUUUGCCUCGGACAACAAGCCCAAGACGUGCAACCUCUGCGGCCAACCCGGCCACUUUGCCGCCAGCUGCACCGGUGCCGCGCGCAAAAAGUCGGGCGAGCACGACGAAAAGGCGCAGACGCCGCCCGAGAAGAAGCCCUUCAUCUUCCUCGACGUCGCCACCCUGCGCGAGUACCUCGAAGUCGAACUCAACAUGCCCAACCUCCCCUUCGCCUUUGACCUCGAACGCGCCAUCGACGACUGGGUCUUCCUCAUCUUCUUUGUGGGAAACGACUUUUUGCCCCACCUCCCCUCGCUCGAGAUCCGCGACGGCGCCAUCGACACGCUGCUCAAGAUCUGGAAGAAGGAACUCCCCGCCAUGGGCGGCUACCUCACCAACCACGGCAAGGUCGAGCUCGCACGCGCACAGCUCAUCCUCAACGGCCUCGCUUCCCAAGAAGACGAAAUCUUCCGCCGCCGCAAGGAGGAAGAGGACCGUCGCGAGAACAACAAGAAACGUCGCGAAGACAUGCAGAAGCGCCGCGAGAAGGAGCUCGACGAGGGCAACUUUGGCAACGGCUCCAUGGUUCAGGUCAUGCAGAAGAAGCGUCCGGCCAACGAGACCGAGAAGCCCGCCUUCAAUGGCGUCUCGGCCAAAGAUGCACGAGACCAGGCCAACAGCAACAACAAGUCGUACGACCCGCGCAACAAGGCCGUCGUGCUGGGCGGAGACAACAACCAGGUCGUUCGCGACCGCAACGCCGCCAGACAGGCCAACAUCGACGCUGCCGAGGCGCUCAAGGCCGAACUCAUGGGCACAGACGCCUCUACAAAGCCUGAGGACGAGUCAAAGUCGCAGCCUCCCGUCAAAAAGGUCAAGACCGAAGCAGGCGCCGAAGCUGCCGUCGACGCUUCUCAACAGCCGAGCUCUGAAGAGAAACCCUCGGACGAGGCUGGCGCUUCAGCAGGCAUCAAGCGUAAGGCCGAUGACGUCGACACCGCUGCCACCGAUGCGGAUGCAGUGGCAACCGACGAUGCCCAAAUCAAAGCCGAGGACGACGCCCAAGUCAAGGGCGAGGACGACGAAGCCGACGAAGCCGACGAAGACGAGGAAGACGACGUGGGCAACGAGGACGUCGAUCCCGUAACCACCGUCAAGAAGCGCAAGGUCAACGCAGACGGCACCGUCGACUACGAGGACACGGUCAAGAUGUGGGAGCCCGGCUACCGCGAGCGCUACUACCGCGAGAAGUUCGGUGUGGAUCUCUCCGACACCGACUUCCGCCGCCAGGUGGUCAAGUCGUACAUCGAGGGUCUCUCCUGGGUGCUCGCCUACUACUACCAGGGCGUGCCUUCAUGGCAGUGGUACUACCCCUUCCACUUUUCGCCCUUUGCCGCCGACUUUGAGGACCUCGAGUCGCUCGACAUCAAGUUUGAGCUCGGCGCGCCGUUCAAGCCGUUCGAGCAGCUCAUGGGUGUGCUGCCCGCCGACUCGCGUGCGUCGAUCCCGCCGGCGUUCCAUCCACUCAUGACCGAAUCCGAUUCGGACAUCAUCGACUUCUAUCCGAGCGAGUUCGAGAUCGACAUGAACGGCAAGAAGAUGGCGUGGCAGGGUGUGGCGCUGCUGCCGUUCAUCGACGAGAAGCGGCUGCUGGAUGCGCUGUCGGACAAGUAUCCGCUGCUCACCGACGACGAGGUGCGCCGCAACGGCUUUGGCAACAACACGCUGUUUGUCGGCGACGAAUCGAGGCUCUACGAGUUCCUCUGCGAGCAGAUCUACGCCAAGAAGCGCGAGGGCGACGACAAGCCGUUCGAGCCCGUGCCGAUGAAUCCGGCGCUGAGUGGCGGCAUCACGGGCUCGGUCAAGCCCGACCCCGUGUGCGUGCCCGGCUCGACGUUCAACUCGCCGCUGACGAGCCAGGAUCUGAACGACAUCCACAACGAUCGCUCCAUCUCGGUGCUGUACGACUUUCCCGAGCAGAAGACGCCGCACCGCUCGGUGCUGCUCAAGGGGCUCAAGCCGCCCAAGCGCGUCCUCUCCGCCGCCGAGAUCGACUGGGUCAAGCGGGGUAGUCCCGACACGCGCGGACGCGGGCGCGGUCGAGGCGGUCACUUUGGCGGCCCCGGUCGCGACUUCCACCGCAACGGCGCCAACCAGAACGGCAACUCGAACUACAACGAGGCACCCCAGCAGGGCGCCAACAAUGGCUUCCGUAACGGCGCAGGCGGCGCGGGUGGCGCAGGUGGCUACGGCGGCGCAUACGCCCAGCAGGUGUACCAGCAAGACUAUGGACAUUACGGCGCCAACAACGGCUAUGGCGGCAGUGGAGGUGGCUAUGGCGGCUACGGCGCUGCGGGCUACGGCGGCCAGGGCGGCGCGUACGGCGGAGGCUAUGGCGGAGGCUAUGGCGGCUACGGCUCUGGUGGCAGCGGCGGAGGCUACGGCGGAAGCGGAGGCUAUGAUGCGUAUGCCGGUUACAGCGGCGGUGGUGGAGGCGGAUACGGCGGCGGCUAUGGAGGGUAUGCACCGAGUGCGCCUGCCAACGCACCGACCGGACCGAGGAGGGACGACCGAUACGCAGCAUACACCGCGCACGACGGCUAUGGCGGUGGUCGUGGCGGCGGCGCACGCGGCGGCGGACGCCACGGUAAUGCUGGUGGUGCGCCGGCCGCCUAUGCGGGUCUGCCCAGCCUGGGCGGUGGAGGUGGCGGUGCGCCAGCCCCAGCCCCAGCCCCAUACGGCGGGUACGGCCAAGGUGCUCCUGCUGCUCCGUACGGUGGGUACGGCCAAGGCGGCGGAUACGGUGGCUACGGUGGUGCAGGGUACGGAGCACCCCCGACCCAGCCCUCGCGCGGAGGCGGCCGCGGCGGUGGUCGAGGCGGCGGUCGUGGUGGCAACCACGCAUCCUACGGCGGUGGUGGAGGAGCCUACGGUUCGUUCUACUGA